CCGGGUUUCUGUCACCUGAUUGGUUCCAGCUUCAUCUUUCCUCUCCCUUUGUUCAAUAAAGUGUCUGCCCAACUUGAGUCACUUUGCAAGAAGCCAGGAACUAACAAGAGAAAAAGGAUCUCAGCCAGUGGUGUGGGCAAGAUGGAAAACAACCUCUCCAUCCCUCUGAAUGGAUCCGAAGAGAUGCUCCAUGAGUCUGCUGGCUACAAGGUUCUGCAUAUCCUGCCAUUGGUGGUGCUUGGGAUCACCUUUGUCCUUGGCAUCCUGGGCAAUGGGCUUGUGAUCUGGGUGGCUGGAUUCCGGAUGGCACGCACAGUCACCACAAUCUGUUACCUGAACCUGGCCUUAGCUGACUUCUCCUUCACUGCCACCCUACCAUUCCUCAUUGUCUCAAUGGCUAUGAGAGAACUGUGGCCUUUUGGCUGGUUCCUAUGCAAGGUAGUUCAUAUUGUGGUGGACAUAAACCUGUUUGGAAGUGUCUUCCUCAUUGCUUUCAUUGCCCUGGACCGCUGUAUUUGUGUCCUGCAUCCAGUCUGGGCCCAGAACCACCGUACAGUAAGCCUUGCUUCAAAAGUGAUCAUUGGACCUUGGAUUCUUGCCCUAAUCCUUACCUUGCCAGUUUUCAUCUUCUUGACUACAGUAAAUGAUGGAACAGGGAAUAUAUACUGUACUUUCAAUUUUGCAUCCUGGGGCAACAGUAUUGAAGAGAGAUUGAAGGUGGCCAUCACCAUGUUGACAGCCAGAGGGAUCAUCCGGUUUAUCAUUGGCUUCAGCAUGCCAAUGUCCAUCGUUGCUAUCUGCUACGGGCUCAUUGCUGCCAAGAUACACAAAAAAGGCAUGAUUAAAUCCAGUCGUCCCUUACGGGUCCUUACUGCUGUUGUGGCUUCCUUCUUUCUCUGUUGGUUCCCCUUUCAACUGAUUGCCCUUUUAGGCACAGUCUGGCUCAAAGAGAUGUUGUUUGAAGGUAAGUACAAAAUCCUUGACGUCUUGGUUAAUCCAACGAGCUCCCUGGCCUUCUUCAACAGCUGCCUCAACCCAAUGCUCUACGUCUUCAUGGGCCAAGACUUCCGAGAGAGACUGAUCCACUCCCUGCCUGCCAGUCUGGAGAGGGCCCUUAGUGAGGAUGUAACCCAGACCACUGACACAACAGCCAAAUCUGCUUUACCAUCUGCAGAAGCAGAGUUACAGGCAAUGUGAGGGGGCUGAGAGCCAUUUUUUAGCUCUGCAUGCUCCUACCCUGCUCGCAUUUUCAGCUUCACAUUACCAUGGGUCAUACUGAAGCACUCAUCAUGAAAAAUACUUUGGUAUUCCUUGAUUUGGGAGGGAAAAAGUGACAUAGAUGUUAUUUUAAUUUUGGACCUCAGCCUGUACCCUGGGAUAAGUGGAGCUUGUCAAAGAGUACAAGAAAGAAAAGAAAGUGAUGGGGUGUUUGUAAAGUUUACAUAAGAGAGUAUAAUAGGGGGGAAACAUUUGUUAUUUCACCAUUAAAAUUUUGCUUAGGGUUUUUAAAAAGCUGUUUUUAAUCAGAUUAUAGAAAUUUCUUUGUAUUCUUAGUUUUAGUACUAACAGUUUUCUUUUUUAAAAUCAUGAAUAGCUAUUGGAUUGUAUAUCAUAUAUUUUAUGUGUAUAUGAAGAUGAUCAUUUAGUAUUAUCCUUUUAUUACACAUUACACUGAUUAAUUUCUGCAUGUUAAACUACCCUUGCAGUCGUAGGAUAAGCCACACUUAGUCAUGAUGUAUUUGGUCUAUUUAUAAAUUAUCUCACUAGAUUUGUUUAGAACUUCUGCAUUUCAGUGUAUGUAAAGAUGGGUCUAUUUUCUUUCCCUUAGUGUCCCUAUCACCUUUUACACCAAACUUCUAAUGGCCUCCUAAACAGACUUGGGAAGCGAUUCCUCUGACUCUUUUCUUUCAUAAAUGUUUAGACUUUCACCAGUGAAGCCAAUUGGCCUUGGGUUUUCUUUCUGGGAAGGCUUUUAGCAGUGAGUUCAAUUUCUUUAAUAGUUAUGUCCCAUAACUAUUUCUAUUUCCUCUUCUGUCAAUUUCGGUAAACUGUGACUUUCAAGGAAUUUAGCCAUUUCAUCCAAACUGUCAAAUCUAUUGGCAUGAAACAGUAUAAUAACUGUAUAUAGUAGUUGGUAUGGUUUCCUUCACAUAAUGGGAGUGAUGUAACAUAACUAAGCUAUCUGAAGGGAGGGAUUUUGGUCCAUAUUGUUCACUGAUAGAUCCCUACACCUAUAUGUAAAAUAGUGCCUAAUGAGUGACAGAUGGAUACUCAAUAAAUACUGAAUUAACGAAUCAAUAACAAAAGUGUCCUCCAGGUGUCAAGUAAAAACCUUUAAUGUCUAGCUAAAAUGACCUCUCACCCUCAUUUUAUGAAUUGAGAGUACCCAGGGGAUUCUCACUGCAGUUUACAAUAUUUACAAAUUCCCAUGUAGUUUAUGUUUUUAUGAACACCUCUGGUUUUGAGUUUCUGCUUCAAGUAAAGCACUUUGGAUGUUGCCUGGUGCUUUUCUUUUGGAAAAAAGUCAGUCCAAGAUAGUACUCAGCUUUUUUUUUUCUUUCUGCAAAUAUCACUCACAAAUUAUGUUACUAGGCAACAUACUUUCCUGAUGCACUGGCGAAAGAAAGAACUCAAACUAAAUAUUAGAUAGUCCUGUUAUCAAAAGUCCCUCACUCAAUAUGCUGCUUUACUGUCAUCUUCCUUCUCCUUUCUUUCAUGUCAUCCCUAAAGUUUUGCAUUUCCAGCACAUAGCAGUGUACCCAUUUCAUUUGCAUUUUUGACUCCUGGAAAUGCUUUUUUAGUUCCCAAGAAAUGUCCAACUAAGGUGUGGCCACAGAAAAUAAGAAACAAGUAAGAAAUGCAAGAGUGCAAAGCCAGGCGCAAAGGACGGUGUACAUCUUCUCAAUAGAACCAGCGCUUCCAAAUAGGCUAAUUAAGAAACUUGCUUCACUGUCAGAGCUGGGUUCUUAGGAUUCUGCUCACUGGCCUUGGUUAUUUGCAACAGAAUAGUACCUGCUACAUCCUAUUUUUCUGUUCUUCAUUGGAAGUCUUCAUUGUGUAUGCCCAGUUCCUAUUGCACCAUUAUAUAUUAGGUCUCCGGAAGUGAGGAUUCUUAUAACUUUAUGGAAUGCUUAUCACAAAGAAACACUUAUAGACCUUAUUGCAUCUAAAACUCCAAAAUAAAACACUGGGGCUACCACCCUUGGGAAGGAUGGGAUUACUUCUGCUUGGAAGAGUAUACAGAGAUGUUGAGAGGACAGAGGGUAAGAUGUAGUACAGACUGCCAGCUUCCAACCCAAUAUUCAUCCCCCUCCAUUACAAAAAGUAGGUUGAAAUUCAUCCACCUAAAAUAAUACUUUUCUCAGCCAUCCUUUCGGUUAGAUGCAAUAAAUUCUAAGCAAUAACAGGCCAUGGUUAUAUCAUAUCAGCAUAUAAAGAGCUUCCUCAUUCUUUUUAAUGCUUGCAUGGUAUUCCACUGGAUUGAUGUAUCAAAACAUUUAAUCAGUUACAUAUUAAUGACUAUUUAAAUUGUUUCUAAUCACUUCUCUGUCCCUUUGGCUAAAUUGUUUUUAAGACUUUUGUUGUUACAAACAAUGCUAUGAAUAGCUGUGUACACACAUGUUCCUUUGCAAUAUGUAUAGGUUUAUCUGUAGGGUAAAAUAAAGGUUACAUAUAACUUG